AUGGGGCUUAAACGUAGGGUCUUCACUAUGUUAGGUAGGUGCGCCCCAGUGAACCGCUGCACAAAUACCUUUUGUGCUGGUUACUUAGUAGACACAGUCUCAGUUCAUAACUCAGCCAACCUGGCCGCCGUCCUUCUAUUGGAUAUUGGCACCCAAACCUACACGGCCAUCAUUCUUGCAGCUUCCCUAACAAAAGGGAGCCCUACUCUUUCCCACACUACAUGCUUUGGAUGUGGACAAGAAGGCCACUGGAAAAAGGACUGCCCAAGGACAAAAGUUACCAGGGCCCGAAGCAUAUCCCACCUGGAGGAAAACAUUCUAAAAUGUGCCCACGAUGCAAUAAAGGCUUUCAUUGGACUAAAGACCGCUGCUAUGAAAAGCAGUAUGGAGAUUCACCAAAAAAUGAAAAACAGACCUACUUUACAAUCUAGCAGUACUACUCCAGGGCAGAAACCUAAAGCAAUGUCUAAGAAAGAGCUCGUUGCCUGCCGCCGCCGCCGCCGCCAGGAAUGUCGGAUUGCACACCCUGUUGUGAAGUGCACCUACUGCAGAACUGAAUACCAGCAGGAGAGUAAAACCAAUACAAUAUGCAAGAAAUGUGCUCAGAAUGUGCAGUUGUAUGGAACGCCCAAACCUUGUCAGUAUUGCAACAUAAUUGCAGCAUUUAUUGGCAAUAAAUGCCAGCGCUGCACAAAUUCAGAGAAGAAGUAUGGACCACCAUAUUCCUGUGAACAGUGCAAGCAGCAGUGUGCGUUUGACAGGAAAGAUGACAGGAAGAAGGUAGAUGGGAAAUUGUUGUGCUGGCUGUGCACACUGUCAUACAAACGUGUCCUUCAAAACACUAAAGAGCAGAGGAAACACCUGAGCAGUUCUUCUCGUGCCAGCCAUCAGGAGAAGGAGUAGUAUAGCCGCCUGAGUAGUGGCAGUCAUUACAACAGCCAGAAAACACUUUCUACAUCUUCAAUUCAAAAUGAAAUCCCAAAGAAAAAAUCCAAGUUUGAAUCAAUCACAACUAAUGGAGACAGCUUUUCCCCAGACCUGGCUCUGGACUCACCAGGCACUGAUCACUUUGUCAUCAUUGCCCAGCUGAAGGAAGAGGUGGCUACUUUGAAGAAGAUGUUGCAUCAGAAAGAUCAAAUGAUCUUAGAGAAAGAGAAAAAGAUUACAGAGUUGAAGGCUGAUUUUCAAUACCAGGAAUCUCAGAUGAGGGCCAAAAUGAACCAAAUGGAGAAGACCCAUAAAGAAGUCACAGAACAAUUACAGGCCAAAAACCGAGAGCUCCUGAAGCAGGAAGCUGCCUUGUCUAAGAGCAAGAAGUCGGAGAAGUCAGGAGCUAUAACCUCUCCAUGACAGACCACAAGAGGCCCCCAGC